AUGACCUUUGGCCUCCUGAAGGCACGCUCUCACUGCCUUCACAAAUCAAGGGUCAGCCCUGUUAGGGCAUGUGAUAUUACUGUGGCUUGUGCGGUCCUCCCCAAUGUGGCCUGCCUGAGGAAGGAGAGGGCCCCCAGAGUGCCACCAGCCAUGGAAUGGGACAAUCCGGCAAUCUUCCCUGAUGACGACAGUGUCAUGGGCCCUUGGAAUUGUCCUAACUUUUCCCCCCUAUACGGCGCCCCUGGAUGCACCUCUAAUGUUCACUCGCUUAUUUUAAUAUCAACAUUUCUGUUUCUGACAGAGACAAUUAGGAAGGUGUCAGUAAAGAAGGGAGAUUCUUUAACCCUCAACACUGGAGAUGCUUUCACACAGAGGCCUGAUUGGAUCCAUUGGGAUUUUGAACAGAAGUGUAUAGCUGAACUGAUUGGAAAAAGACCUGCUGUUGUUGAUAAAAAUGAAAGAUUCACAGACAGACUGGAGCUGGACCCUAAGACUGGAUCUCUCACCAUCACAAACAGUAAAACCACAGACUCUGGACUUUACACACUGAAGACUCCUGAAAGGAAGUUCGAUGUCACUGUCACAAGUCGGCCUCUUUUGGAAAAACGUCCAGAGCUGAAAACAGAGAAUAUUAAGCCAGUGUCAGUGAAUGAGGGAGAAUCUUUAACUCUCAGUACUGAAGAUGCUUUCACAAAGAGUCCUGAUAGGAUCCAUUGGGAUUUUGAACAGAAGUGUAUGAUCAAGUGGAUGUUUAAAAACAUUUGUAUUGCUGAAUUCACUGGUAUACAAUAUUCUGCUGCUGAUGUUGAUAAAGAUGACAGAUUCACAGGCAGACUUGAGCUGGACUAUAAUAAUGCAUCUCUCACCAUCACAAACAUCACAAGCAAAGACUCUGGGCGUUAUAGACUGAGAACCAGAACAGGGGAUUCAGAAAGAACAUUCAAUGUCACUGUCAGUGAAGAGAAUGAUUCCGAGGCGGCACACACACCUUUGAAGACUGAAUCACAUCCUUUGUUGCCUGUUGGUGUUGCAAAACAUUAACAAUGUAUAUGAUAUUGACACAUUAACUUGAAAUGUACUCGAUUUUCACUUAAUAUAUCUGUUCACUUUGUGUUAGGCUGUGAUCUGCUGUUCUGUCUUCUUACUAUGUGAUCUUUUCUGCCCUCUAGUGGACAAACAAUA